UGUUUGGCAGUAUUGUUUUUGACCGUGAAAUGAACGCUUGUGUUUCGGUGGCGAAUUUUGUGACGCGUAUUUUUAUAGUUGCCCUUUCGAAAAAAAAAAAAACUUGAUGAGUGUUUUUUUGGGUGAUAAUUAGGUUUUGCAGUGUAGUAUUAGUAAGUUAAGUAGUUUGAACGAAUCAAGUUAAAAAUAGGGAAAGCAUAACCGUAAGGAAAAUUGAAAUUACUUAAUAUAUUGAGAUGUUAGUCGUGUUUGUGUGAGGUGAAUAAUAUACGGUUCAUGAAAACUAAAUUGUCCGUGUUCUUUGCAAAGAUGGAUACAAUAAAAGUGGUCGGGGAAUAUGUAAGAGAGCGAUCUCCUUUUUCGCUGGACACAUGGUUCGGAAGGCCGAAGAAGACAGGCGGCGGCAUCGAGCGAGGGUACGAUACCGUCCCUCGUGGGGCCGAGCCGCGGGCCGACGACGACGAGCCCAACGUGACCGCCGAGUACACCAGCAAGAUCGACGCGCUUGAUGACAACCAGCUGUGCAGGCGGUUUGAGGAGAUGCUUUCCGACAUGAAUCUCAGCGAGGAGAAGAAGGAGCCAUUACGGAAAUACUCCAGAGAUCAGAAAAAGAAGAUGCUGGUCGCGUACAAAUUUGUAAACACACAGGAAGGCCGCUCAAAGUUCGAGAAGCCGUCGGACUACGUGGCGUAUCUCAACCAGCCCGAGCUGUCAGUGGGGAAGCUUCACGGGUGCCUGGAGAACUUAAGGAUAUCCCUCACCAACAACCCGCUCUCAUGGAUCGAGGAGUUCGGCACCAAGGGCAUCGAGAGCCUGCUCACCACGCUCAAUUUGUGUUAUACUAAUGACUCCCGCUACGAUCGCGUGCAGUACGAAUGCAUACGCUGCCUAUCCGCCAUCUUGAAUAACACAGUGGGUAUAAGGACUAUGUUCGACUGUCGCGAGGCUCUGCCGGUGCUGGCCAGGAGUCUUGACGCGAGGAAACCACAUUGCGCGCUCGAGGCGGCUAAGGUGCUAGCAGCGAUAUGUCUCAUUCCAAACGGGCACGAGAAGGUUCUAGAAGCGAUCACGAUGGCCGGCGAGUCCAGCAGGAAGGCGCGGUUCCUGCCCAUUGUCGAGGGUCUGGAGAGCAAGGCGCCAGAGAGUUUGAAGAACGGGUGCAUGCAGUUGAUAAACGCAAUAAUAACAGAGCCGGAGGAACUCGAGUUUCGGUUGCAUCUGAGGAGUGAAUUCAUGAGGACAGGACUCUAUGAUUUGAUUGAUGACCUACGCGCCGGCGCGGAAGGUUCUCGUCUCAUUCAGAUGAACGUGUUCGAUUCCCACGCGGCCGCCGAUCAGGACGAAUUCUUGGCCAAAUUCGAUGACGUCAGAGUUGAUUUCAACGACGCCAACGAAUGUUUUGAAUUGGUCAAGAACCUGGUGAUGGACACGCCGGCCGAGCCUUAUCUGUUGUCGAUAUUACAGCAUCUUCUUUUCAUCAGGGAUGAUGAACUAAUAAGGCCAGCGUACUACAAACUGAUAGAGGAGUGCAUCACCCAAAUAGUGCUGCACAAGAACGGAUACGACCCGGACUUCAGAGCGACGCAACGGUUCAACAUAGACGUGCAGCCGCUCAUCGACGGACUGAUAGAAAAAUCCCGAGCCGAAGAGGAACGUAAAGUGGAGGACUUGAAGACUAAACUAGAAGCCGCUAUAGCGGCGAGACAGGAAGCGGAAGCGAGGGCGGCGCAUCUCGAGGAGCGUAUGAAGAGUGCCGCCUCGCCUACCGGACCUGGUGGGGUCACGCACGCGAAUAUAGAUGCUAUUGCUAAGGUUAUCGGAAGUCCUGGCGGUCCAGCGCAACCGCUUCCACCGCCGAUGCCUGGAGAGAGCGAGUUCAAGCCGCCGCCACCGCCGCCGCCGCCGCCAGGUGUCGGUGCCCCGCCGCCCCCGCCGCCGCCACCGAUGCCUUCAGCAGGCGGUGGGCCUCCGCCACCUCCGCCGCCGCCAAUGCCCGGUGGACCGCGAGCGCCGCCGCCCCCUCCCAUGCCGGGCAUGGGGGGCCCACCGCCCCCGCCGAUGCCCGGCAUGGGUGGUCCCAGGCCGCCGCCGCCGCCUGGCGGAUUUAUGCCGAGACUUCCUCAGCCUGAUAUCCUUCCUCACGGCUUGAAGCCCAAGAAGAAGUGGGAAGUGGAGGGGCCUUUGAAGAGAGCUAACUGGAAGACGAUAGUGCCACAGAAGAUGUCCGAGAAAGCUUUCUGGGUUAAGGUGCAAGAAGACAAAUUGGCCUCGCCGGAUAUCCUCACAGGAUUGGCGCAGAAGUUCUCUAGCAAACCCGUCGCCAAGAAGAACGAGGAUGCCGUUGAUAAGGCGCAUACGUUAAAGAAAGUGAAAGACCUAAAAGUACUGGACAGUAAGGCGGCACAGAACCUGUCCAUCCUGCUGGGCGGGUCGCUGAAACACAUGUCGUACGAACACAUAAGAACAUGCGUGUUGCGCUGCGACACCACCGUGCUCACCGGGAAUGUUCUAGACUUGUUGAUACAGUACCUUCCCCCAGCGGACCAGCUAAAGAAACUGUCCGAGCUGAAGUGCAGCAGCGAGGAGCUGACUGAAGCGGAGCAGUUCGCGGCCACGGUGGCAGACGUGAAGCGACUCGUGCCGCGGCUCAGGAGUCUCGCUUUCAGGGAGCACUACAACGAGAUCAUUUCUGAACUUAAACCGGACAUAGUCUCAGGAACAGCGGCGUGCGAAGAAGUGAAAUCGAGCGCGAAAUUCGCGAAGAUACUAGAGCUACUGCUUCUCCUCGGCAACUACAUGAACACCGGAUCGAAUAACGCGGGCGCUUACGGAUUUGAAAUCAGUUUCCUUACAAAGUUAACAGCGACUAAGGACUUGGAGAACAAACAGACACUACUGCAUUACUUAGUGGAGACGAUAGAGAAUAAGUUCCCCGAAGUGCUCAACUUUGUAGAGGAAAUGCCGCACAUAGACAGAGCCGCACGAGUGUCAAUGGAAAACUUACAGAAAGCUCUGAAGAAGAUGGAGAACGACAUCAGAGCGCUGGAGACAGAUCUGAACAACUCGAGGGUGCCGCAGUGUCCCGACGACCUGUUCCACGAGACUAUGGGCACGUUCGCCCAAGAAGCUCGCGAGCAGUGCGACCUGCUGCACUCCAUGUUCAAGAAGAUGGAGGCGUUGUACGGCGAACUGGCUGAGUACUACGUGUUCGACCCGCACAAGUACACGCUCGAGGAGUUCUUCUCCGAUAUCAAGACUUUCAAAGAUUCAUUCCAGGCGGCGCACCAGGAGAACGUGGUGGCGCGCGAGACGGAGGAGCGCGCGCGGCGGGCGCGGGAGGCGCGCGCCACCGCCGAGCGCGAGCGCCGCGACCGCCAGCACCGCUACAAGCAGUUCGUCGACAUGGAGCGCGCGCAGGACGGCGUCAUGGACAGUUUAAUGGAAGCCUUACAGAGCGGAUCAGCGUUCAGUAGAGAAAGGCCGAGGAAAAAAGCGAAUCCGAGAGUAGCCGGAGCUGAACGAAGAGCACAGUUGAGCAGAUCAAGGUCUCGGUCCGGACUCACGGGGCCGAUCACAACGCGGGAGUUGACCAACGAGCUGCUAAGUAACGCGUGAUGUUCCGGCUCAUAUCAAGUGAUACUAGAGAUUUAAUUACAUUUGUAUACACAAUAUUAUAUAUUAACACAUCAGAGACAGAUUGUAGACAUGAAAUUAUGAAGAAAAAAAAAACGCUUUUUUGUCGGAUCACUUUUAACCCAGUAGCGAAGAUGCGAAUAAUGUUCGCGGAUAUUUUUGUCCCAUAUCGUGAGUAUAGUUGGAAAUUACCACAAUCAGCUGGUAAGAUUAAACGCUGCCGUUUAGGCAAUAAAUAAUCUUAUGGCUUAGUACCACCUUAAAUUACUUGAUCACUUACGAUUGUACUCGCGUCGGAUACUUUGUUUUCACUUGCUAUUAAGUUAGACAGAAAAGCGCAUAGAAAAUUUUUCAAUAUUCCUAAUAUCGGCUUGAUAAUAUUAAGACUGCGGCAGCGCCUAGAAAAUCAUUGAUGUAGAUUAAAUAUUUUAUAUCGAAAUUUUUAAUCUUUUUUGAGAUUCUCGAUUAAGGUGUUUAUAGAAAAUAAUAGAACAUUCGUCGCGGGGGUCAUUUUUGACCCGGUAAUUAAAAAUCAUGUUUAUUUUAUGGUAUAAGAUAUUCUUAUUGGCGUUAAAUAAAGUGCCCUAUUACAACUUUAUUAUAUUGUAAAUAAUUUACGUAUAAAAAUAUAUAACACGAAUAUUUAUUACAAAGUUUAGCAUUUAAUAUUGAACUACAAAUGUUAAUCAUAUCUCAUUGCAAUUAUUGAAUUUGGGGUCAAUGAAGACACCCGCGACGCAGAAAGAUGCAGCGUUGAAAUGUAAUACAGAUUCAUUUAAGAACCCGAAGUUUUUUAAAACAGUUAAAAUAUGAAGUGUUCUGUUUCGCCUCUUGUUAAAAAGGCUGUAUAUUAAGAGUGAAUGUUAGCAUGGAGGGAUAUUAAAAGCUAUUAAAUGAUUCUAUCAAUUCUAGCCAAGUAAAAGUUUAUAUUCGUAAGGAUAUUUUGAAAUAAUUGUAUCCAUAUAGCAAAUUUUCAUGAUAUCAAUUAGAAUCUUCCAUAAGGGUAUGUAUUCACUGCACCAUAUCAUGAUCUUAUUAUAAUUGCAAGAAAUAAAUCCCAUAACUAUUUAUUCGUACUUGGAAAGUAUAGAUCAACUAGUUUUGUUUUUCACAUCUGGGAAUCCAUUUCUUGGAUAAAACAAGUAUGUUAUGUUACACCGUAUAAAAGACAAUCCAUAGUACUUAUGAAAUAUGUUAUCAAACCAGUGUAAGCGGACUAACCUACAUAAUUUAUGGAAUAAAAAAUUAAUAAAUAUUUAAUGCUCUAUUUUGUCUCAGAAAAGUAGGAUAGUGUGAAGUGGUGAAGUGGAUGCAAACCUUAAAAUGUUUUUAUAAGCUGUAUUUGUAUAAAGCUUGUUUAGUGUCCAAUUUUUUACCUAAAAGGUAAGGAUAAAGCAUCGAAAAUACGACAUCUUUUCAUUGGGGUGCCUAGUGGUCCGAAAUUACCCCAUCAGUUUCAAUUUAUCGCCAAAUUGUAAGCCUACAUGAAAAAAUGUGAUAGUUGCAGGUGUUUUUUAAAGCUAUUGUGGCGUCCGAAAUUACCCCAUUGAUUUAAAUUCAUAGAAUGUAAAUUGGGGUUAUUUUGUAUUAUUUAUUUACUGAAUUUGUGGCCUUUCAUGAAAAUUCACUACGGAAACGACAUUCAUAGUACUAAUUCCACAUAGUUUAUUUUUUAUUGGAUAUCAGAAAGUACGAAGAAUACACAAAUAUAAAACCUUUUUCGAUAAGUGUUGUGGAUGAAAAUAAUUCACGAAAUUGUAGAUUUGAAAGCUCGGGAGAGGUACGUCAAACCUACCCUGAUAUUUGUCUGUACCCAAUUGGUUGACGAAAGUUGCACAACAUACGUGGCAAUAUACAGAGUGUAAACUUUAUAAUAAAUAUAAUUCCCUGUUAAUACGUAAUACUUACACCCUGUAUAUGCCAAUAUUACAAUUUUGGUCGCAUUCGAAGAUUGAUGGGUGUUGGCGGAAAAAAUAGCAUAGAGCGUUAGGAUAUACAUUAUUAAAUUUUGGAGCGUGAGUUGAAAUGAUGCAAUAUGAUUGGUAAUAUCAGACUUACGCCAACUGUCAUAAUAUUUUAAAGCAUAUUUGUAAAGGUGCGAUCGCUAUUCGAGAGAGAUUACCAAGGGUAAAGAUACAUAGGAACCUAACGCUUGAUGUAGAUUGCCCCUUACACCCAAACACAAUUCUAAAUUAACGAUGUAUAGAUAUAUUUUAUUAUUUUAGUAUUGUUAACGAAGCAUUUGUUCUCUCUUUCACACAUGUAAAGUUACUCGCUUUGGGGUAUCACUAUAGAAAUAUUUUAUCCGUUGGGGCCGGAGCUACCCCGCAGCAAUAUGGGAUGAAAUCGAUUGUUUUAUAGCGUCCGGUAUUUAUUAUAUGUCUACCUUUUUAGAUAUCGUCAUUCUUGACGAUUUUUAAAUUAAUAACACUUUUUGAUAUGCAAUUAUUCGUAAAAAAACACUAGUUUGUUAAAACAUUACAAAGUCUACAAAUGAACUUUUAAACAGUCUGUAUAAUAAUUUUACUAGUUUUGUUUUAUUAAAGUACGUGGUAUGAGAUGUUAAAUCCAAACAGUUUAUAAAUUUAGAGAUAUCAUGCCCUAUUGUAGUUAUUAAAUAUUUAAUUAUUUGGUUAGUAUUGUAUUUAAAUUUAAUUAUCUAUUUGCGUAAAACGUUGUUAUUCUUGAAUUAAAAUUUGGGUAAAUAAAUAUAAAUUUACCCCAAACAAAAAAUGCUUGUAAACUAACGAUCGUAUCCUUUGAUUCAAUCAUUCUUGCGUUUAUUGUUAUUCGAUAUGUUACCUUGCCCUAAAAAAUAUUAUGAUGGGGUAACGUUACACAAUACUUAUAAAACUUGCAGGAUGCUACAAGCUAUCGGUUUUAUCCGUUCUAAAAGUGAUAUCCCCACAGUGUUUUUAAUAUAAUUUUAAGUUAAUUUUAUGAUAAGCAAUACAGUCGGGAGUAUUUUUAUAUAUCGUGCUUAGUGGGGUAAUUGGUUACCCCAAUGUGAGAAUGUAACGCUGACUGUACGUAUAUUGUCCAUAUAGAUAGUUUGUAAAUAUAUUUUUGUAAAAUGUUACAUUUUUUAUUAAUUGUAAUGUUUUUAAAACAUUU